CUGCUUCGCACUACUCAUAUAAGUGCUUCAUGCUUACAUUUUAAAAGUUUUAAGAUUUUAACCUUCACACACUUCGCUAUGAUUUUCUCCCAGAAAUUUAAUUGACAAAUCCUUCCAAAAUCUCUUCUUAAUAACUUAAUAUAAUGGCAAAUCCAGCACAUCUGGUACGUCAGCAAAGCUCUAGGGAGCUUAACCCUCAACGAUCUAUUGACCGUUUAGAAAUGAAAGAACUCAGAGGACGAUUAGUCGUUGAAAAUGGAAGUAACACUGGUUCCUAUGGAGCAACGAAUGCAGCCUUUGAAGAUUCCAGUCCUAAUACUAAAGUUAAAUCAACAUACAGUAGUCGGAGAGGGUCAGUUGAUGGAAAAGCAAUCUUUAAACCAGAGAAUCAAGAAGAUGAGAGAGAAUCGUGGGAUAGCAAAUUAACAUUUUUAUUGGCAACUGUUGGAUACGCUGUGGGUCUAGGAAAUGUAUGGAGAUUUCCGUAUUUAGCACAGAAAAAUGGUGGAGGCGCUUUUUUAAUACCCUAUUUCAUUAUGUUGGCAAUUGAAGGAAUUCCGAUUUUUUAUUUGGAACUAGCACUGGGGCAGAGAUUGAGAAAAGGCGCUAUAGGGGUAUGGAACCAAAUGUCGCCGUAUCUUGCAGGUAUAGGAAUUUCAAGCGCAGUAGUUUCUUUCAACGUAGCUCUUUACUACAAUACGAUUAUCGCUUGGUGCCUAUUCUAUUUUAUUCAGUCGUUUCAGGCGGAAUUGCCAUGGUCUACUUGUCCAAAUGUGUACUUUCCCAACAGCUCUUAUGCCCCUAAUCCAGAAUGUAUGAUCAGCGGUCCUACCCAAUACUUUUGGUAUCGCACAACUUUAAUGAUAUCUGAAGAUAUAAAUACUCCUCAAGUGUUCAACUGGAAAAUCGCCGUUACCCUAGUAGCUGCCUGGACAUUGGUUUACAUGUGUAUGAUAAAAGGGAUAGUCAGUUCACCGAAAGUUGUUUACGUGACUGCUACGUUCCCUUAUAUCGUUCUUAUUAUUUUUUUCUUUCGUGGAAUUACAUUGCCAGGAGCUGGCGACGGGCUACUACAUCUUUUUACUCCUAAAUGGCACACAUUACUGGAUCCUGUAGUUUGGUUAGAGGCUGGAACGCAGAUAUUUUUUUCUUUGGGACUGGCCUUUGGAGGCUUGAUAGCUUUUUCCAGUUACAAUCCAGUAAACAAUAAUUGCUAUCGAGAUGCCGUUUUGGUUUCUUUGACGAAUUGUCUUACUUCAAUGUUUGCAGGGGUUGUAGUAUUCUCCAUAAUAGGAUUUAAAGCAACGAUGGUAUAUGAAAAGUGUCUGAGAUCACAGAACGAAACCCUGUCGAAAAUUGAAGAGUUCUCCACCGAAUACCCGGUUAAUAUUAGCAAACUGAAUACUCCCAAGUGCGACCUUCAGAAAGAACUCGAUAAUUCCGCAUCAGGCACGGGACUGGCAUUUAUAAUUUUUACCGAAGCAAUAAAUCAAUUUCCCGGAGCACCGUUUUGGUCUUUACUGUUCUUCUUGAUGCUAUUCACCUUAGGAAUUGACUCACAAUUUGGUACUUUGGAGGGAGUAGUAACGUCUGUGGUGGAUUUGAAACUAUUUCCAAAUCUUAAAAAAGAAUACCUUACGGGAGGUAUUUGUUUACUAUGUUGCAUAAUUUCCAUGGUAUUUGCCCACGGAGCUGGAAACUAUGUUUUCAUAUUGUUCGACAAUUUUAGCGGAAAUUUUCCUCUUUUGAUUGUUGCCUUUUUUGAGUGUAUGGCGGUUUCCUACGUCUACGGAUUAAAAAGAUUUGCAGAUGAUAUCGAACUGAUGAUUGGACAAAGACCUGGCCUAUAUUGGUUAAUUUGUUGGAAAUAUUUGUCACCGUUGGCUAUGGUUUCAAUCUUGAUAGCCAGUUUUAUUGAAAUAGCGGUAGGAGGAUCAGGCUACGAUGCGUGGGUUGCUUCCAAAGGGGUAACCGAGCGCCGCGAGUGGCCCCAUUGGUCUCUUGGGCUUAUUAUAUUCUUAAUAGUAAUCUCCAUAAUGUGGAUUCCACUAACUGCCAUGCUGAGGUUGUUUGGGAUUGUUAUAAUCGAUGAUAAUGAAAAAGCCUGGUUUCCGACUGAAGAUCUGAGAGAGUUUCACGGAAUUGUGCCUCAUGAAAUAAGUAGAGCCGAAACGUUGCUUUUUUGUAUAAAACCUGAUGGUACUGAAGGUCUUUGUUGCCCCAUUUCGUACGUCGACGAAUUCGAAGAGACUUAA